UAGUGUAAUGAUGACCAUGCAUAACAAAAAAACGUUUUUGAAAGUUUUGUUUUUAAGUGCACAGUUUUAUUGUUUUUUAGGUCAAAUUUUUAACGAAAGCGAUAAGUCAAAGAAAGAUUGUAACGGUUGGCACAAGUUUAGAAAAUCAUGCUACAAAUAUUAUUACUUUUCGGAAUACUUUGAUUCAGCUCAAGCAACUUGUUAUGACAAUAACGCCCAUCUUGUUUCAAUAUUGGAUACACGCGAAAACAACUUUGUUAUAGAUCUAAUUUCGUCAAAAUAUGCUGGAUCUGUUACGUGGAUAGGUUUGCGGAACUUUUCAUUCACAUUUGAAUGGAUUGAUAAGCAAAAUAUUACUUUCUCUAACUUAACAGUUUAUGGUGAAGGAAAAUGUGCGAUGAUUGAUGCAAACAAAGUAUGGAAAAGUACUGUCUGUGAUGUCAAACUACCUUUUGUUUGCAAACGAGGCAGCCUCGAUUUGAUGUCCGACAAUUUUGACUUUGCAGUGAUCAUUUCUCUUGUUUGUAUAUCAGCAAUAAUUGUUUUCGUCCUAUAUGCGUUCUGCAAAAUAAACAGACCAAUAUGGUUUUAUCAAAUUUACGCAAAGUUUCGACAAUUGUUUUGCUGCAUGUUUACGUAGUUGUAAAUUUUAAUACUUUAAGCAUGUGAGAAAUAUGUAAGGUAUGUGAGAAAUAUGUAAGGUAUGCUUAAUGAGUUAUGCUAAACCUUUGACUUAAAGUUCACUCAAAAUAUUUAAAUAAACACGUAUUCUUUGCAAGAGUUUACCAAAGUACUUUGAAGCAUCACGUAUUCUUCUCAAAGCAAUUUGAAACCAAAUCGAUAUUGCUAAUGCCUUAACUUUUUUAAAUGCUAAUAACUUAUUAUUCUGCUUUACAGAAACCGAAUUUUUGUCAAUUUUGAAACUUGCUAUAGUCAAACGGACAUGAAAUGUAACAGAUUUUUGUCAGUUUUACAGUACGAAUAAUCUGAUUGUGUAGAACACUUGUAAAUAAAAAUGUUUGUAAUAUUUCUAAAAUAAACUUUUUAUAAAAAACAUGUUAUUACCGUAACAAAUGAAUUAUUA